UGAGCCGGGAAGGGAGCGCUAGUGAGAAGCUUGGGUAGCAGUGCACUAGAUGGUACAGGAGAGGGACGGGAAGCUUAGCACAAGACGCUGUUCUUUUACCUGAGCGCUUGGGAGGUUUGGGCAGUGGCACAUAAACUCCCAUUCCAAGUUGUGUAAGAGUUUGUCGCCUCAGAAUUACCAGUAUUCAUUCAAUGCCCUGGGAUAGAAGCGAAUCACUGCGGGUGUCAGGCCAUAGAGCGUUGGCAGGUGAGGGCACCGAGUACCCACAGACUGAUCUGCCGAGCACAGUGUCCGGCCAUUACUGACGCGCAAUCCUGUCACUGUUAUGAGGCAAGUUUAAGGCAUUACAGGAGUAGUUCGGCUCCGCAGCCCAGGGGAGCGGAGAGUCCCACGUGAUGGACCCCGCCAGGUCCCGGGCACCGAUAGAACAGAGAGCGCUCAACUGCAACGGCUUCUUGCGGGAGGAGAAGGAGGAGGCGGCGGGGAGCCGGAGGGAUGUGGGCGGCAGAGCUGACCAGACAAUCCCGGAUACCCGGAGAGAGGAGGACAACGAGCUCAAUCUGCCGUCACUGGUCACGGCUUAUGGCUCCAUCCUCCGGGCACUGGGAGAGGAUCCUGACCGGCAGGGAUUGCGCAAAACCCCCUGGAGAGCAGCGACCGCCAUGAAGUACUUCACUAAGGGAUAUCAGGAGACCCUGUCAGAUGUAUUGAAUGAUGCCAUAUUUGAUGAGGACCACGAUGAAAUGGUGAUAGUUAAAGACAUUGACAUGUUUUCCAUGUGCGAGCAUCAUUUAGUCCCAUUCAUUGGAAAGGUACACAUAGGAUAUCUUCCAAACAAGCAGGUGCUUGGCCUCAGCAAACUUGCCAGGAUUGUGGAAAUAUACAGCAGAAGAUUACAAGUUCAAGAACGCCUUACAAAACAAAUCGCCAAAGCAAUUACAGAAGCCGUACAUCCCUCUGGGGUUGGAGUGGUGAUCGAAGCAACGCACAUGUGCAUGGUAAUGCGAGGUGUCCAGAAAAUGAACAGUAAAACUGUAACAAGUACCAUGCUCGGGGUCUUUCGGGAAGAUCCAAAGACUCGGGAAGAGUUCUUAAUGCUCAUCAGAAGUUGAUUCCCAUGCCAAAGGCCUCCACCUGCUCAAAACGUUGUAUUGUAUACUGGAACUGUCUGAUUGUAUUUACACCUGGCUGCAUUGUUUGUCCUGUCUGUUUAAAAAAACACAGUGGCUAGCCACAAAGCAUAAGGGUAGUGACACACGGGGGAAAUUUGUCUCCAGUGAUUUUUAAAAAGUGAGUUUCGGCAACAAGGUGAUCAUCUUUUUGCAAGCAAAGAUU